AUGGAAAAAAAGGGCAAAUUUGACUAUAUUUUGUUGGAAACAAGUGGAUUGGCUGAUCCUGGGCCUAUUGCUUCUAUGUUUUGGCUAGAUGAUGGACUUGGAAGUGAAAUUUACCUGGAUGGCAUUGUCACUUUAGUUGAUGCAAAGUACAUUCGAGAUCAUAUUCAUCAAAACAACAAAGAUGUCAUGAUCAAUGAAGCCUUAAAGCAAAUUGCUAUUGCAGACCGUAUUGUGAUUAACAAGAAGGAUUUGUUGUCUGAACAAGAAUUAGAUAUACUCAAACAAGACUUGUCUUCUGUAAAUGCUGUGGCUGAUAUGAUGGUCACUGAAAGAUCAAGAAUUCCUUUGGACUAUGUAUUGAAUAUCAAUGCGUAUGAUGUCAACAAUGCCGAUGCUCUUGUUCAACAAACAAACAAGAUUGAACAACAUGGACUUCAUCAUGCUCAUGAAAUAAGCCAUGAAAUCCAAACUGUCUGCAUUCAAUUUGAUCAACAACUAGAGACGAUUGAACAUUUAGAACAUUGGAUUCAAGAAUUACUUUGGGAAAAGAAGAUUGCAGGCACAGAUGAUACUGAACCUGCUGUUGUACUUCGACUUAAAGGUAUUCUAUAUCCUCCUCAAGAACAAGGCGCAUCUGAACAAACGCGACUUGUUAUUCAGGGUGUUCAAGACUUAUAUGAUAUUCAACAAGGAUUGGCUGAAAAGGGCACAACAGACACAGGUAGUAAAAUUGUCUUGAUUGGCAAGAAUUUGGAUAAACAAAAGAUUUCUGCUUCUUUUACCAGUGUAUUAAACAUAAAACACACUAUUAUUUAA